UUUUGAAAAGCAUUUAAAUAGCUUCCGACUGUUUUAUUACCGACCGCUGUGAGAGCAUUCAUUUCAGGAGUUUGAUAACAAGAUGGGUGCUUGUCUGGCAUUGUGCUCUUUAGCCAGCUGUGCCUCCUGUCUGUGUGGCUCAGCUCCAUGCCUCCUGUGUGGCUGCUGCCCCUCCUCCCAUAACUCCACCAUCACAAGGCUGGUUUUCUCCUUCUUCUUGCUGCUGGGUACCUUGGUGUCCGUCAUCAUGAUCCUUCCUGGCAUGGAGACACAACUCCGUAAGAUCCCAGGAUUUUGCCAGGGAGGAAGUACUAUACUUGGUUUUGAAAACCAGGUCAACUGUGACGUCAUUUUGGGCUACAAGUCUGUGUACCGCAUGUGUUUCGCCAUGACCUGCUUCUUCUUUCUGUUCUCCGUCAUCAUGAUUCGUGUCCGUAGCAGCAAAGACCCACGUGCGGCCAUUCAAAAUGGGUUCUGGUUCUUUAAAUUUCUGAUCCUGAUUGGGAUUACAGUGGGGGCUUUUUUCAUCCCUGACGGAACAUUUAAUACCGUGUGGUUUUACUUCGGCGCCGUGGGAUCGUUCAUCUUCAUUAUAAUCCAACUUAUUCUUCUCAUUGAUUUUGCCCACUCAUGGAACAAGGUGUGGGUAGGGAACGCUGAAGAUGGUGACAACAAAUGCUGGUUUGCAGGGCUGCUGUCUUUCACCUUCCUCAACUAUGCACUGGCAUUCACUGCUGUGGUGCUUUUCUACAUUUACUACACACAGCCUGAUGACUGCACAGAACACAAGGUCUUCAUCAGCCUCAACCUGAUUUUCUGCAUCAUUAUUUCCAUUGUCUCCAUUCUGCCCAAGAUACAGGAAGCCCAGCCCCACUCUGGCUUGCUUCAGGCUUCCCUUAUCUCCCUCUACACCAUGUACAUCACUUGGUCUGCUAUGACCAACAAUCAAAAUCGAAAUUGUAACCCCAGCCUGUUAAGUCUAGUGUCAAACAUCAGCACCACUGUGCCAUCUGCUGACGGGACCCCCGGACAGGUGCAGUGGUGGGACGCUCAGGGCAUUGUUGGCUUGGUCAUCUUCCUUUUCUGCACUCUCUAUGCCAGUAUCCGCUCAUCCAGUAACUCCCAGGUGAACAAGUUGAUGCAGACCGAGGAGGGUGGAGGGUCCGGUGGAGAAGGUGUUGUGGGAGAGGACGGCAUUCUCAGGGCCAUGGACGAUGAAGAAGAGAGAGUCUCUUACAGCUACUUCGUUUUCCACUUCCACCUCUGUUUGGCCUCUCUGUACAUCAUGAUGACUCUCACCAACUGGUACCAACCAGGCACCAACACCCAGGCCAUGCGGGGCCACAUGCCAGCUGUGUGGGUGAAGAUGAGCUCCAGCUGGCUGGGCCUUGGACUCUAUCUCUGGACCCUCACCGCCCCUCUCAUCUUCCCUGAUAGGGAUUUCAACUGAGUAUGCUUCGUCUUUAAGCUGUAUUUGGUUGUUUUGUUUUGUGCCUUGUGUAUCCGGCUGUGUGUGAUGCUAUGAAUGAAAUAGCAAAUAUAGUGAGGGGGGUUCAAUUAAUUUUGUGUGUAUUUGUGUUGUUUUACUUAUCUCUGUGUUCUAUCAUGUGAUCGCUAAAAAUUGUUAUUUUUAAGUAAGCCUGAUUGAUAGCGGUUUUAACAGUUUAUUUUAAAAAAUGUUUUUGCCAAUGACUCCCUUUCAUAGGCACCCCUCUGCCUUCCUCCAUCCUGAUGUAGUCUGAACUGGCAUACUCAACAACAAGGCACUUUCUUGAUACCUCAGACAUUUCAGUUACUGGUUCCUAUUUACAGACCUGUGAGAUGUGACUUCUCUGUUUUGCCCGGUCUGGAAUCUCUGAUUAGCUGGACUCAAAUUUAGUGCUGGAGGCCACUAGAAAACAGGAGCCCCAGAGUGAGUUGAGUGUGAGAAACAGAUAAGACUGAUAUGGCACGCCCUAAGCAUCAUAAAAGGGCUUCCCUCUAGCUGCGCGGCCGUAGCCAUGCAAACCCACGUCAUUGCACUUCAGAUUCGUAAUAGACCACCAGUCGAAUCUCAGCUCGUCUUCGUCCACCCUAAACAUAGGAUUAUUUAACUCUGGUGCUACACCUGUCCAUGUCUUCUGUGUUUUGGCUCUGUGUAGCCACGGGCAACAACUGGUACCUGUAUAGCAGUCUGUUUGAAGCAGGCAGACAUGUAUUGAUCCAUAGGAGUCGGCAUCAUGCCUGCGCCGUGGUACAAUUCAGGAGGUGAUGGCUUCACCUCCACAGACCUCACGAAUGCAGUCAUUUCAAGAAUGUCGCAGCACCUCUUGCUAUUGUGUUGAGUUGAUAAAAGGGAUUUUGAAUUGCUACAAAUCAAUGAGAUAUUAUUACAACUUGCUGUUGAAUGGUAAUUACUCUCAUAGUAUGUUUAUGGGUGUGACGGUGGUACAAUCAUUUUAUAGUAGUUACCUUGUUUUCAAUUCAUUAAAAUAAGAAUGAUGUUUGUUUGGUGGGUUUAAAUCCUUUCUGUGCUAAUCCUAAACAUUUUAUUGUUUCUUUGUUGUGUUCUUUUCAAACAUUUCAAAGCCCACACAUACAAAUCAGAUUUGUUGUUUCUCUGGAUGCAUAACAAGUAUUAUAAAUGUGUGUGUGUGUGUGUGUAUAUGUAUAUGUAUAUACAUAUACAUUGUCUUCCUCACUUCCACUCAGAUAAAUAAAGGCUUUGGUCCACAUACCUUCAAGUUACAAAAUAAUAAGAAAACACGACUUUAAAAAUUCAGUAAAGUCAUUAACAACUACCAAUUAAGAAACAUUGUCAGCAAAAAUCUUUGAAUACAAGUGAAGAUGACAGUGAGGGAGUUGUUUUAUUCUACAAUGCACCUGUCAAACUUCUGGUGUGCAAAGGUCAGCUCUAUUUGUAUCAUAACUUUUCAAAUUUUAAAACAUUGUGCCUUAUUUCUAGUCCUCUUGCAACAAGAAUACUGACUUGUGCUUAUUACGCCUGACCUUACAUUGUGGGGAGUCAGUCAUUGCAUGCCAAAAGGUAAAAGACUUGUGACAUGAAUUAGUAUUGUCAUUAAUGUAUAAACGCCCUUUUUAAUAAAGAUACCGAUAUGACACUCA